CAAGUGACUAGGGCGUAAUAUUUUUUUACCACAUACCUUUUUGGAAAGCUUUUGUGUACCGUACCCUUUAUUCACUACUUUGAAAUAAGGUUUUAGUAUUCAAUCAACAAUAGUUUUUCUACCCGACUACGAUUUUUUCAGUAUAAAUUUGAAUGAAAUUUUUAUUUAGGUUCUACAUUUAUAUCUAGAAUGAUUACUAGUAGUUAACAUAUAUAUAUUAAUAUCCAUAAAGUUAUUUCACAAUAGAGUUAUAACCAGGGCUGUGAAUUACAUGCAUUUAUACAUUUUGUUUGAAGGGUUCCAAGUCAAUAAUUAAAAAUUCGUUCUGGCUUAUGGUGUGUUCAGAAUAACCUAACAAAAUUUUAAAUGUAUAUAUUUCUCAGUCCUUAUAAUUUAUAACUGUGUGUAUAAUUCAGGGGCAACAAAUACUUAAACAUAAUCAAUCUUAAUUUUUUGUAGAAAUAUUUGGUGUUAACAACACAAUACUUUCUUGUUUAAUUUAAUAUUAUAUACUAUUAUUGUAUAAUAGUUUUCCUAUAAAUCCUAAGGUAAUAGGUGAUAUUUCCACUGUGACUAGUCCAAUUUAAUAAACCUAAUCAUUCAGGUACAGCAAUAACACCUUUAGCAGCUCCUGUGAACACACUUAUAAAAUGUUUAGUUUUAUUUAAACAGACUAAUAUUUUAAAUUAUAGUAUUUAUUUUGAUAUUACCUUUAUUCUCAUACUUCCAAGUUAUAUAAUACAGAAAUCAAAUAAAAAAUAUAUAGUACUAUUAAAACAAUUAAAUGAAACUUGUAAGUAUAUUGAUAAUUUGUCACUUCACUCAUUUGAUUUAAUAUUACACUAUUUGUCAUAAAAAAUAUUAAAUUAGGCCUAGCAACUAAUUUUUAAUUAAAACUAAAACUAAGCCAAUUUAAAUUCUAAAUUAAAUUAAAAAAAAAAUCACUGUAAAAACAAAACAAAAAAUUAUAAGUAACAUAUAGUGACGAUUAUUUUUAAAAUAAAGGACUAGAUUAGUGAAAUAAAGUUACUAUGAAAGCUUUUUUUAAAAAUUAAAAAUUAAUAUUUAUUCUUUAUUAUUGUUUUAUUUAUGUGGGAGAUCAUGUCAAGUAGAAGUUUAGGAUAAGGGUGGCUGACUCCAAGUAGUUGGGAUUAAGACGAGAAAAAAUGGCAUCAUGGUUAUUUGGAAUUUCUAAGUUAAAAACUGAAAAUGUUGAGACAUGUGAAACUCAAAGGAACCAUUCUUCAGUUACAGCUCCUGAAAUCAACCCACAAAUCCAAAAUUCAACUACUUGGCCAAAUAUUUUGCCAUAUGAUUUAAAAUCAACCAAUUCUCCAACUGAUUUUAAAGCAAAUGAUUUAACUUCUGAAAGCAUUAAAAUAUAUAACAUGCUUGAUAAUAUUCCUUUUAUAAUGCCUAAAGAAAUCAAUGCAUGUUCUAGUAGCUUAAAUUAUAAUUUGGAAAGUAUUCGAAAUUGUUUAAUAUCUGUUAAAGAAUUUCUAGAAUCAGAUGCUAAUAAUUAUGAUUUUUCUAAUGAUAGACAUUUGCAUUCAAAUAUGCCAGAAAAUGCAAUUAAUUGUUAUGAGUCACCUAGCAGUAACCAAUUAAAAAAUAACAUUCGGUGGAUGCCAAGUAAUUUUCCUAUCACGUUUCUUAGAGGAAAGGAAAACUAAAGAGAAAUUGUUACUUUAAUAUUCUGAUAAGACACAUUUUAAUGUUAAAAUAAAUUUACUCAAUAAAUAA